AUGAUCGAGAGCGAGAGACUACAUUACAUUAGAAGACAACAAACAAAACUUCGAUCUGAAACAUUUGAAAAUCUUCAGAAGCAUAAAGCUAAAGGUAAACAAACUUUAAAAGACACUGGAAAGCCUAUUAUACUACCUUCUUCAUUUACUGGUGGUGCAAGAUUCAUGCAACAAAACUACCUCGAUGCAAUGGCCUUAUGUAAGUCUUUCGGGUACCCAGAUUUCUUCAUAACUAUAACUUAUAAUCCUAAGUGGCCAGAAGUAAAACGAUUUCUAAAAGAUUCCACCAUCAAAGCUGAGGACAGGCCUGACAUACUGUGUCGAUUGUUUAAAAUGAAGCUCGAUUCAAUAAUCAAAGAUUUGAAGGAUUCUAAUUACCUCGGUGUGAUUAAUGCUGUUGUUUAUACGGUAGAAUUCCAAAAGCGUGGUCUUCCUCAUGCACAUAUAUGCUUAUUUAUGAAUGUCGAUCACAAACUUCCUACUGUAGAUCACAUAGAUCCAUUUAUAUCGGCUGAGAUUCCUGAUAAAAAUCAAGAUCCCGAACUUUAUUCUUUGGUAAGUGAUUAUAUGAUUCACGGUCCAUGUGGAAAUGCUAAUUUGAAGUGUCCUUGCAUGGUUGAUAAAAGAUGUUCAAAAAAUUUUCCAAAGAAAUUUUCAUCACAUACAACUGUUGAUUCAAAUGGUUUCCCUGUAUACCGAAGACGAGAUUCCGGCCACACAGUUAUAAAAUCUGGUGUUAGAUUGGACAACAGAAGCGUUGUUCCAUAUAACAAAAGGCUUCUAAAAAGAUAUCAAGCACACAUCAAGGUGGAAUGGUGUAAUCAAUCUGGUUCAGUUAAAUAUUUGUUCAAGUAUAUUAAUAAAGGCCCUGAUAUGGCUACUGCUGUUGUUUCUGGUGUUUCAAAUCCAAGCAUUAAGGAUAAGCCAAGAGAUGAGAUCAAGGAAUAUUAUGAUUGUAGAUAUAUUUCAGCAUGUGAGGCAUCAUGGAGAAUAUUCUCAAACGAGGUUCAUUAUAGGUAUCCUGCAGUUAUGAGGCUUCCCUUUCAUAUGCCGGGUCAACAGAAUGUUGUUUAUGGUGCGGAUGACGAUAUUGAUAAUGUGUUAACCAAGCCAUCAGUUGCUUCUUCAAUAUUUCUUGAAUGGAUGAAAUUAAACGAGUCAGAUGAAAAUGCUAGAAAGUUGACUUAUGUGGAGUUUCCAUCAAAAUUUGUUUGGAAACUUCAAGAUAGAUGUUGGCAGGUACGUAAGACGUACCAAACUGUUGGCCGUAUACAUUCUGUGUCUCCUGCGUUAGGCGAACCUUAUUUUUUGAGGAUACUUCUGAAUAAAGUUAGAGGGCCCAGAUCCUUCGAGGAAAUACGUACUGAUAACGGUCAGUUAUUCCCGACUUUUAGAGAUGCUUGCUACGCAAUGGGGCUGUUAGAUGAUGACAAUGAGUACGUUGAGGCCAUUAAAGAAGCAAGUUUCGAAGGACAUGCUGGGUAUCUCCGAGCGUUAUUUGCUACAUUGCUGUUGUCAAAUACACUUUCACGUCCAGAGUUUGUGUGGGAGAACACUUGGAAAUACUUAGCAGAUGAUAUUUUAUACAGACGUCAAAAAGAAACAAAUAUUUCAGGUUUAGUGCUUCCUGAACAUCAAGUUAAAAACCUCACUUUGUUGGAAAUUGAAAAAUAUUUAGUUUCGAAUGGUUCGUCGUUACGAGGUUUUAACACGAUGCCUUUUCCUGAUGAUGAUUCGUUACGUGAUGCUACUAAUCGUCUAAUUAAUGAAGAGCUAUCACAUGACGUAGAUGAAGCUCCACCAUUGCCGCCAGCACCGUCGGCCGCCACCGCCGCCUGCGGUGGUCGGACCAUUACUCUUGCUCCGCUCACUCUCUCUCUCUCGUUAUGUCUUCAACAUAACAGCAGCAACAUUUCGACUUCGUCAUCAUCACAAAACAGAAAAGAACCAAAAAGAAACGAAACGAGGAGGGUUUUCAUACCGGUGAAACCCGUCGAAGCAACGAAAUCACACACCACCGCCGCUGCAGACGGUGGCGCUGCCGUCUGCCGCCGCCGCGGCUCUCCAGACUCGAUGCGGCCCGCCUCUUUUCUCUCUCUUUCCUCGAAAUCGGGGUGUGUGGUGCGGCCGGAGAAGAAAGGGGGCGUUGGAGGUCGCCGGUGGUCUUCAUCGAAGCAAGUGAGGGUAACCGAGAGGGUGUUUGGCUUGAUUCUUGAGUGA